CAUGAGAUACCAUUUUUUGUCAUUUUGUGUUUUAAAGAAAUCAUAAUUGAUGUUCCCCUGGGUUGUAGGAAAACCCAUUUGAAAUUGAUGAGAUUACCCAUGAAGUUGGCAUCUACUGCUAUACGGGCUCCCUCGUUAUUCCCUUGCUCCAAUUUUACUCAUUUGCCGGCCUCGAAUUCCCUUUCACUAUCCCCAAAGCUUCCUGCUUCCAUCUUCUCGCCUUUGCUCAUCCCCAUCUCAGGGAGGAAGAAGUUAUCCGUACGUGCGGGGAAUCUUGAUUGUGAGAGCGUGGAACAAAUGGAUUUGAAGAAGGAAUUUCCUGAAUUUAGAAAGGAUCUAUACCCCUCUAUAGAGCCAUAUAGUACUGGAUUUUUGAAAGUUUCGGACCUUCAUACUAUAUAUUGGGAGCAGUCAGGAAAUCCUAAUGGCCGUCCAGUAGUGUUUUUCCAUGGAGGCCCUGGAGGUGGGACUUCACCCAAUAACAGGAGGUUCUUUGAUCCUGUCUUCUAUCAAAUCAUUCUAUUUGAUCAGAGAGGUGCGGGUAAAAGUAAGCCUCAUGCUUGCUUAGAGGAGAACACAACAUGGGAUCUCGUUGGGGAUAUUGAAAAAUUAAGAGAGCACUUAAAGAUUCCGGAAUGGCAGGUAUUUGGUGGCUCAUGGGGAAGCACUCUGGCUCUUGCAUACAGCAUAUCACAUCCUGACAAGGUUACUGGGAUCAUUCUUAGAGGGAUAUUUUUGUUGCGGAAGAAAGAAAUUGACUGGUUUUAUGAGGGUGGAGCUGCUGCAAUAUACCCCGAUGUUUGGGAGCCAUUCAGAGAACUGAUUCCGGAGGAAGAAAGGAAUUGUUUUGUCAAGGCGUACCAUAAGAGAUUAAAUUCAGAUACCCUAGAAACACAGUAUGCAGCAGCUAGAGCAUGGACUAAAUGGGAAAUGAUGACCUCUCAUCUUCUCCCUAAUGAAGAGAACAUAAAGAAAGGAGAUGAUGAUGAUUUCUCCUUGGCAUUUGCAAGGAUUGAGAACCACUACUUUAUCAACAAGGGAUUCUUCUCUUCAGAUUCUUUCCUUCUAGAUAAUGUUGAAAAGAUAAAGCACAUCAAAACAAUAAUUGUUCAGGGAAGAUAUGAUGUUUGCUGUCCAAUGAUGUCAGCGUGGGAUCUUCAUAAAGCUUGGCCGGAGGCAGAGUUUAUUGUUGUCCCAGGAGCAGGUCAUUCGGCAAAUGAACCAGGAAUAGCAGCAGAACUUGUUGCGGCUAAUGAGAAACUGAAAAAUGUCCUUGAAGGAGUUUCUUGAGUGCAAGCGCCUACUAGUCAUUGACUUUAGACGUUGGCAUGGAUGUUUGUGAGAGUUAGUAUUUUAGAUCCUUGCAUUCCAGUAUUCUAGGUUUGAGUCUCUUCACAGAUGAACUAAGAGCAGCACCCACAUGAGUGGAGGAAAGAAAGUUUGCCUAAAAACAAUGCCAUGAGUUCUCUCCCCUUUUAUAUACGACUAUUGGACGAGGCUUAUUGAAAGAGUU